AUGAAUAUGCUACUGUCCGACGACUAUCUUCUCCAGGACUACCCUGAGAAUAUCACCAACACCAUCCGUUCAGGGCAUGCGACCAUGCUGCGGUUCGAUCGUAAAGGGGAUUAUCUAGCUUCCGGGCGAGUCGAUGGCACAGUUGUCGUGUGGGAUCUUGAGACGAUGGGGGUUGCGAGGAAGUUGCGUGGUCAUAACAAGGGCAUCACUUUCUUGAGCUGGUCGCGAUGUGGCAGAUAUUUACUGUCAACCUGCCAAGGGUGGAAAGCUAUCCUAUGGGAUUUGCAAGAUGGAAGUCGGCUUCGCGAGGUUCGAUUCCGUGCUCCCGCCUACAUUGCUGAGAUACACCCCUGGAACCAGUUUGUCACCGCGCUCUUUGAGGAGCAGCCGAUGCUGGUCGACGUGUCCGAACCUGUUGAUGUCAAACACAUACUACCUUCUGCCCCGAAACGGACGAACACCAAUGGAGAUGCAGCUCUCAAGGAGAAGCAGGCGAAGGAGGACGCGAGACAAAUGACAACUUCGGCCAUUUGGACGACUACCGGGGACCACAUACUUGCAGGGACCAACAAGGGCAAACUAAACAUCAUUGAUGCAAGGACUUGCGAAAUCAUUUACACGGAGAAGAUCUGUUCUGGAGUCAUCACCACAAUGCGACUCACGGCAUCAGGUAGAGAUCUUUUGGUAAACUCCCAGGACCGAAUCAUACGAACAUUUCGUCUGCCAGAUCUUUCCGUUGAGGAUCUGGACUUGGAUACAUUGCAGGUUCCGCUCGAGCAUAAAUUCCAGGAUGUUGUCAACAAGCUCUCAUGGAACCAUGUCACCUUCAGCGCAACUGGCGAAUAUGUUGCUGCCUCCACAUACAAUAACCACGAGCUCUACGUGUGGGAACGAAAUCACGGCAGUUUGGUGUGUAUGCUCAAAGAUCCCAAGGAGGAGCAAGGAGUUAUAGAAUGGCACCCUUCGCGCGCUCUGUUGGCGGCAUGCGGCUUGGAGACGGGAAGGAUAUACAUUUGGUCCGUUGUCAGUCCUCAGAAAUGGUCUGCGCUGGCGCCCGACUUCGCAGAAGUCGAAGAAAACGUUGAAUACAUUGAACGGGAAGACGAGUUCGACAUUUAUGCGCAGGAGGAGAUUCACAGACGGCGACUUGAUGCGGAGGACGAGGAUGUGGACGUGUUGACACUUGAUCAGCCCAAGGCCAUGGGUUGGGAGAAUAGCUUUCGGAUGCCGGUGCUAUUCAAUCUUGGAGAAAGCGACAGUGAGGAUGAGUUUAUCGCAGUUUCGACCGGAACUAUGCGGCGUAGGAGUCCUGGGGAAGGUCAGGGAGAUGAUGACGGAUAUGAGCGGGUACCUGUGAAGAAAGUUACUAGCAAGGGAGGGCGUAGCAAAAAGAAAUAG